AUGCGCCUCAGCAAUGGUGCCCACCGCACCAUUGCCGCAACCAAAGUAUGGGCCACCCUGGUCACAAACACAAACUACCUCCCGGGCCUUUUUACCCUCGAGUACUCACUGCGAAAAGUUGGGUCGAAGUACGCGCUCGUCGUUCUCUACACGGACUCCUUCCCCGCUGAAGGACAUGCUGCCGUCAACGCCCGUGGACUACCGAAGCAGCGCGUCCCGCAUCUCCUCCCGACCCUCGCGAAAGAAUAUACCAAUGACCCUCGAUUUCAUGAUACGUGGACAAAGCUUACGGCUUUCUCGCUGGUGGAGUAUGAACGCGUGGUGCUACUGGAUAGUGACAUGCUGGUCAUGCAGAACAUGGACGAGCUGAUGGAUAUGGCGCUGGAUGCGCCGGAGUUGGAGGGGAGUGGGAGCCGGGUGUUUGCGGCUAGUCAUGCGUGUGUCUGCAAUCCGCUAAAGAAGCCGCAUUAUCCGAAGAACUGGAUCCCGGCCAACUGCGCGUUUACAUCACAGCAUGCCACUCCCGACAAGGCCCAGACAAACGGAGCACCAUCGGACCGUGGACUUGGACUCUGCAACUCGGGCCUCCUCGUCAUCAAUCCGUCGAAAGGAGUCUAUGAUAGGAUCAUUGACCAGCUCAACUCCCCCGCAACGAUGAACUACACCUUCCCCGACCAAGACCUUCUCUCCGAUGUCUUCCGCGGCCGCUGGGUCGGCAUACCCUACAUUUAUAAUGCGCUCAAGACAUUACGGCGCAAGGGGGUCCACGACACAAUCUGGCGGGAUGAUAAGGUCAAGAAUGUUCACUAUAUUCUCAGCCCCAAGCCGUGGGAUGAGAUUGACAGCGCUGCGGAGGGCCAGGGAAUUGGGAGACGGCGGACGGCGAGUCUGGACCCUACACAUGAGUGGUGGUGGCGGGUCACGGAGGAAAGACGCGAGGACGAGAAGAAGAGCAGUGUGGCUGAUGCGUUUUAG